GUCGUGGCUUCGUGCAGGGAGCAGGUACUGUGCGCGGCGUGAUGUGGCGGCGAGCCGUGCUGGUACAGGCGACGCUUCUGCUCGCCAGUGCCUGGGAUGUUACAUACUACACCCGCACCAGACUAUACCCACCUUUCCCAAGGGUGGAGUGCUAUGAUUAUCCGGCUUCAGAUUGGAGCUCGUCCGGACGAUUCGCGAGUGUCCGGCCAAGCGCCGGUAAGACGCGCGGUACGAGUCGGCUGGCCAAUUUAUUGUUUGAUGGCGGUCCCUAUUCGAGUUCAUCGUUCGGAAUGCAACGUGCCUUCUCUCGGAGAUUCGAUUCGCUUCACCUUUCGUCCUCCAAAGAGGAUAUUGCAAAGGAACAUGCUAAAUUAGUCCAGGACAUAAACGGCUUGAAACAGCCGCCAAAAGGGCUGGUGGCGCAGGCCGCCGUCGAUUCCGGGGACUACGACGACUCAAUCUACCCGGAGGAGAUCGAUACGAGCGCGACGGAGACGACUCGGCUGGUGGAGACGUCCGCACAUACCGGCGAAAAGCGCGGGGUCUCGGCUUCGCUUCUUUCCGCGCUGCCAGUCGUCGGAGCCAGCCAAGACUCCGCUUGGCUCACGGGAAGCCCAGUGCGGCCCCGGCGGCAAUACACCCCGGCGCGGCCCGGUCCCGCGGCGCCCACCGUGCGCGUUUGCCUGUCCCCCGCACCGCUCCUUUAUCCCAAACCGACGUCAAAUUUACUUCAAAGAUUGAUACACGGAAUUCUAUCGAAAUAGUGAUGAACGUAAUAUAAUUUGUGAGCAGUGCCGUUAUUGUUCGUUGUUACGUGGAUCUCCUGUGCAAGACAGACCAGUUCGACUGUAAUGUGAUACUACAGAAACUCGCUCUGGGAAACCCUAAGUUUUGUCCCAAAGAUAUGUAUGAUGAUUUAUUUAGAUAUCUACCUACUCUCUACACUUGAUUCGAUACGAUAUAUACGAUAUAUUCGGUGAUACGAUACUGAUUCAGGGGAUUUAUAUCUUCCGUAUAGAACUUAAAAUAUUAUAAUUGGCCUUCCCUUUAAUCCGAUGUAAUGUCGCCACAGUGUCAGUACGCCCAUUAAAGAUAGGUACUUCUCUUCCUUACAUCCCGCUCACCGUCACAUCUCAUUCACUCCCUCCUUUCUCACAUAAUCCAUCUGUACUUUUUGUGGUCUGCCUGGUCUGCCUUCAUCUUUCAGCCGUUCACAUUCAAUCUCAUUACUUUUAUGUGUUUGUGGUCAUCAUCUCUCCGCAUUGUACUCGUAUGCCCACACCACGCUAACCUUUCGCAUCUUUACUUAUUGUACAUAACUUGCCAACUUCAUUUAAAAUACGGAUGAUUAACUUUUUCCAAACUCGUUAGAGCACACAAUCAACUUAAUACGCAUCUCCGCGUAUUUCAUGCUUAAUUUAAAGUAAUGUUCUUAUGUAAAACUAGUCCAUGUUUAAUUUCUUAAACAAUUCCCAGUUUUAGUACAAGUUAAAAUUGGUAGGUAAAUGACAUUGAAUACUUAUUGAUUAUGAAAGUGGUGUAAUUCCAAUUGCCAGAGGUAGGCGGCUUAACGGAUGGUUGCUGAUCAGGAGUCUGUCAUUUUUAAUUCAUCUGUUUUAUCUUACGAGUCAUCUCACGUGUCAGGAGUUGCUAAUUUGGGUUACUUAGUUAUUUUCUUAAAAUGGUUAACUUCAUAGUCACAUCAGAUAGUGACAUGGGUACAAACAAAUGGUAAAUCGACAUUAUUCUGUAACAAUAAAAUUAUUUAUUUUAAAAUAAUGUUAUGUGCGGGACAUAAACCUGUUGCGCUGACCCUACCAGAGUAGGAUGAGGAGGAGGACAAAUUUAAAUUAUGUAUUUUACUUAACUAUAAAUAAACAUAUAAUUAAAUCUUCAAAAUGCGAUUAGAAAACAUAAAAAAAAAACACUUAUAGCGAAAAAGUCAACUAGUUGUAAAUGUGUUGGUUGAGGUUUCUCAAAUAUGCACUACUUACUCGUAUAUACUGUUUCAUGUUAAACAUCAAUAACUUACUGCCCUCACGUCCGAGAAUACCAUAGAUAAAGGCCUGAAGCUAUAACUACCCUAUACAUUAUACGUCGAUACACAGAAGCAUGCAAAGCAUAAGUAAAUACUAUCAGUAUCGAGUAAUUUUAACAACACAAUUAGUGUUUAAAAUAAAAUUUUGUCUUGUCAUGAGUAUUUGUAAACAAAAUUGAAUUAAAACGAAGUAUACUGAAAGUACUUUUUGAUUUUCAUAAGUUGAAAGUGGUGCUAGUUUUUUGGCACCCCAGAAAUAUGUAUUAUUCUUGUUUAAUAAUAGAGACAUUGCCAGACUUCAUGAAAAAAUGGACUUACACCACUUUCAAAUUAGACUGUCUAAAUAAUGAAACAAAAACGACACGCACAUCGAGGACAUUCGGUGUAUUUAUCAUCACCAAGUCUAGUGUCUUCCUUCUCAUUAAUGUCAAGAUAUGUUUAAUGACAACUGUUUAUAAAUGAAGGGACGUUAGACGUUACACGCGUUCGUGCGAAGUUCGCGUGCUGGCGCGGCCGGCAGGGGGGC